GCGCUGCGCUUGGACAAUUGAGUGCGCGUGCAACGCCACGCACGCGCUAAUACUCACAAUAAACUUCAACAUGUCCGGUCCUGUGUCGCGUUUGGUCCUGCUGUAAGAUAGUGCAGUGCUCGCCGGCCACAGCAGCCUGUUUCGCGAAGAAAGGGUCUCGCAGCGAUCGAGCACGUUUCUUUCAACUACACAAAUCGCCCAAGGCGACAGGUUUCAGCCUUUGUUUGCGCUAACAGUACGCUCGCAGUAUGGUAUUCAGCAUUACGCACGUGCAGCAAAGGGUGAAGGAGCCUACACUCACUAUUGUUGGGCCUAAUGAGCGCCAACAAAGAGUGUAUCAAUUGAAAGCCAGCCUAAACCAAAGGCUCCUUGAAACUGGAGAGCGAGAUCGGUUAAAGGAGUUGCUAAGGACAAGGCUAAUAGAAUGUGGGUGGAAGGACCAGAUGAAAGCGCACUGCAAAGAAAUCAUCAGAGAAAGGGGCGUAGAAAACGUAUCUGUUGAUGAACUUGUCGCUGCAAUUACCCCUAAAGGAAGAGCCACUGUGCCAGACAUCAUCAAACGUGAACUCCUUCACCAGAUCAAGAAUUUCAUGAUUUUGGAACAGCAAAGAGGCUGUUAGCUUUGCCACUGAAGACUGCACUUGUAAAGACGUGUUUGUUGCCCAACCACGUGAAGACAUGUGUGAUUGCGCUUUAUGCGCAGCUUUCCUUACGAGAAUUGAUGCGUACCUAUUGAUGCAUAAUGAAACUUAGUUUGUAUGUGAAGAAUGACGACAAUGCGAUUAUAUUUCAAUAAACACUGAAUUCGAAAA